AUGACAGGCAAGCAUAAUCAUGCGCUGCAUGAUGAGAUUUACAGGCUUUCGAUGUUCUCAAUUCUUGCUUCGCGUCCCACCCUCGCGGUCAUCCAUAAAGACUUUCAAUCUCUCCUGACCUUGAUAUACACAUCCACAACAAAAGUCACGUUGGUGCUACGGCCCACAGAGCCUGCACCGAACGCUGCACUUGCACCUAUCAGGGACCUCGGGACCUCGAUCACCUCACUCGCGACGUGUGCGACACUAUUUCACCUCUAUGGCACCACGCUUGCGUCUGAGACUAGACUACUUGCGAGUGAUGUUAUUGAGGCGGUACGCUCCCUCGCAAUGAUGUUCGUGGAGGAUGCGGGAGGAGAUUACCUGGUCCGCACAGGCGCGGUCCACGACAUGGUAGAGAAGGCGCGUCGUGAGCUCCCAGCUGAUAACAUCGCGGCCGUGAGGAAGCGCUGGAGAGCAGACAGAGGCAUGCUCGAGGAUUCCUUGGAGGAUAUCAAUGCUAUGGUCGAAGACGCAGGGGAGGGAGAGGAUCUGGACGCAGACGAGUUGGAUGAUGAGUGGGAUGAGCUUGGUUUCGGUUCCACCAAGAAAAUGUCCGACGAUGAACUGGAGCGCACAAAGAAGAUCCAACCCCUCGUGCGCUUCGUUACUCUUCUCCAUAAGAGGGUUGUACCCGACGUACUAGGAAGCCUCUCAAAUCCACCACCGAGUACUGAUGCUCUUAAUCAGGCCCUCGACAUCUUGCCCUCGCUGUCCAAGUCGGUCGUUGUCGCUGUGGAGGAAGUCGUCGCGGCGUUAUAUGCACCUCAAAAACCCGCCGCGCUAGCGGCCUCGAUAUCCACUUUGGUCGAGACGAUCCACGCAGUUCAUACAUCAGUGACUGUUGACAUGCUCCUUCCGCCUGCUGAUCUGGAAAGGGCGAUGGGCGCGCUUAGCAUGGACAGCUCGAAGGGCGGCGGCGAGAAGGCGGCGAAGGAUCCUAGGAAGUGGUUCGAGUCAUGUCUUGCGCAGAUAGACAAGUCAGCGAAGGCUGUAGGCGUCAUGUUGCAAGAUCAAGUGAAUAAUGGUACCUCAUGA